GGAAAUUCGCUACAACCAGGAAGUGAAGGUCGUGAGAAACAUGGCGGCGCUCUGUGUGAUGAAGUCUGUAAGGACAGCGCUCAGUGCCGUCCACUGUGCUAUCAACAACAGUUUAAUACCGAGGUUAUUAAAUGGACCCCAGCUGUCGUUUUUCGGCUGCACGUCGAGUCGUGGUAUCCGGCAAGUGGUGGAGAAGCAGGAGGGGAAAACUACAGUGAUUGAGGGUCUGACAGUGGCUGCACCCGAGAGUCCGCAACCUCCUAACCCAACCGCUAAAUGUCCGAUUUACCGAUGGAACCUCCAGAACAAGUACACAUACACAGAUGUUUUACUACUGAGUCAGUUCAUUCGUUCAGAUGGAGGGAUGUUGCCAAGACGCAUCACUGGCCUCUGUGCUCAGGAACAUCGCAAGAUCGCCAUAUGUGUGCAGAUGGCCCAUCGAGCAGGUCUCCUCCCAGACCACAGACCACAUCUUCCUGAAGGCCACGUACCAAAGCCCAAACCCAACCCGCCACUCAACAGGGUGUCACACAAGAAACGUCUCAUGACGGGUAAAAGCAAAGAGCUCUUCCCAAGGCCUUCGCAACCAUAUUGUUGUGGAACAUAUUGAUGGAAUCGAAUACAGACGUGUUUAAAAACUUCUGAAUCUUCCAGUAUGCACCAUUGGGAAGUGGAAGCAUCACUCUCUCAUCAACCGGCCACGCACAGGAGCUCCUUGCAAGAUUUCUGACCAGGGAGUCAGGAGAAUAGUCAGAAGAGUAGCCCAUGAGCCAAGGACCACUCGGAAAGAGCUCCAGAAACACUUGGAGGCAGAAGGUGCCAUCGUCACAGAGAAAACAAUAGGCAAUGCACUCCACUGCUCACGCUCACCCGCAAGACUCCAUUACUAAAGAAAAGGCAUGUUGAAUCUCGUUUAAAGUUUGCUACAACUCAUUUGGACAAGCCUAUGAAACACUGGGAGAGUGUAGUCUGGUCAGACGAGAGCACAAUUGAACUUUUUGGCUGUCAUACUACACACCAUGUUUGGAGAAGAAAUGGCACUGCACAUCCCCCUAAAAACACUACACCAACAGUGAAGUUUGGAGGUGGAAGCAUCAUGGUGUGGGGCUGUUUUUCAUCACAUGGUACUGGCAGACUUCAUAUAAUUGAAGGAACGAUGAAUAGAGCUCUUUACCGGACGGUUCUUGAGAACAAUCUGCCGCCAUCCACCAGGAUGAUGAUGAGAUAUGGGUGGACCUUCCAGCAGGACAACGAUACAAAGCAUACAGCAAAGGAAACUCUCAAUUGGUUUCAGAGAAAAAAAAUCAAGGUGUUAGAAGGGCCCAGUCAAUCGCCUGACUCGAAUCCAAUUGAACAAGAAAUUAUAAUAAAAAAAAAUAGAAUAUUAUAAAAAAUUAAAGACAAUAUGUUUAGAAGAAUGGGCCAAAAUCACACCUGAAUACUGCAGCUGAUUAAUGUUUGGAUUUCUUUAUAUGUGUGGAUUUCUUGAAUUAAUACUGAUGUUUGGUGAAAAUUUCAUGUGAAUAACCUCAUUG